CACCACCAAGUUAGAUGCUAUCUACUUGACAUUCCAGGGAUUCCAGUACAUGAGUCUCUACAGUCGUUCCUCUCUCGUUCUGAAUUUUAAAUACGAAACAGUUCUGAGUGAACGAGAGCCAAAGGUCGACUCCAUACUGUGCAUUGUUAUGGAUAAGAAAAAUAGAGUAAAGGAGAAAGUGAAAGUGAAAGAGGAAGGGUCGGAUUGGGAGGCAGAGGAGGGUAUAGAUGAUAAAUAUUGGUUAAUAUGGGGAAUGGUAUCCCGUGUUACCAAGGACUUGUGCGAAAGCAAAACAUGUUGCGUGGAACUGAUAAGCGAGAUAACAUCACUUGAAACACACAAAGUUUUACUAAAACUCACAACGACCCGUAAGCCCAUUCUGGCAAUGAGUACAAACAAGCAUUACGUACAGUUCUCUAUCAUGAAGGAGAUGGGGUACCUAGAGACUGAUUUGAACGCUCAGCUGACCCCGAUAUUGAUGAGCAGUGAGGCGAAGAACAAGAGGCCCCACUAUUUGAAGACAGUUGAGGUGGAGAAGAAUUUUGAGAACUUGAACACGGCGCAGAUCGAGGCUGUGGACUGGUGUUUGAAUCACAAGAUAUCUAUUGUACAAGGACCGCCAGGAACCGGUAAGAGUCACCUAGCACUGCGGCUGAUAAAGAUGUUGAGUACUUUGGAAGGAAUGAGGCCAAUACUAUUCAUCACAGUAAAGAAUGCUGUUUUAGAUAAUGCCUUGCAAAAGCUCAUCAACAUGAAGGUGUUCGACAAAGAAAGAAUUCUAAGACUCGGACAAAGAUACGAUAAAAAACUAAAAGAUAUAGAAGAUAUAUCUGUCAACUCAGAUUACUACAACAAACUGAGGGACGAAGUCAAAACUCACAAAGCCAAGAAUCUCCACAGGGUAUAUCAAGACCUCGACCUAUUUCGCGGAAAAUCGGAAGAAAUAUUCCAAAAAGUUGACGAAUGUAGGACGAUGGACUUAUACUCACUUUGGGAGCAGUUUACAAACCACCAAAAGGAGAACUUUCUGAAUUAUGCAGUAGAGUGGCACUCGCAGGAUGUGCCUGGAGUUGUGUGCGACACGAAUGAGACAAUAAAUUUCAGAGACGUGGAGACAGCACUGGAUAGAUGGUGUCCUGACAAGGACAUGUUAAGAUAUUACAAGGAAUCUGAGGGGGUACCAUCGCGAGUAGUACAGAUACCAGACGAGAGGAAGGUAAGCAGAGAUUUAGAGAACGAAGAAGAGGGGGUUAUUAGUGUGGACACUAAGGUGUUUCAGAUCGCAGAUACCAGCGAGUAUAGGAGCUUUCACAUGGAUGACUUUCCGCAUGGGUGGCGUAAAAUGACCAACACAAAGAAAGUUGAGCAGCUCUGGGAUUUGGAGCCGGUGGAGAGACUAAAGUUUAUUUACUCUCUGAUGUACAGACGGUUAUCUAAAGUGGUAAAGGAUCUGGACGUCCGUGAUGUGGAGCAUUUCCACAACAGUGUGCUCAAACAGAAAUACCUCAAUAUGAGAAAAGGGAAGAUUUUCCAGAACUUUUCUGUUAUCGCCACCACAGUGCACGGUGCUCUACUCCACAAACAGGCAUUAUCAAAGGCAGGAGUAGUGACGGUAGUGUGCGAGGAGGCUAGCCAGGUGUCAGAAAGAGAACUCCUGGUUUCUCUGCCUACCUCUACACUUCACGUUAUCAUGAUAGGAGAUUACAAACAGCUGCCUCCAUUCUGCAACAUCCCCUCACUCCAAGACUGCAGCACCAGCCUCAUGACCCGAAUGGUAACCACCAACUAUCCCUUCACAACACUAAAAGAGCAGUUCCGAAUGACCCCUGAAAUAGCCGCCCUCCUCACAGCAACCUAUCCUGAUCUCGUGACAGUUCCAGUAGCAGAUCCAGCUGAGAGACAUCUUCCGGAGACUUUCAUCAAGUACCCUCUCUUUUGGUGGAUCCAUGAGAGUUAUGAGUACAAGGGAAUCUCGCCGUGUAAUGAGGCAGAGGCGGAGAAAGUUUGUGCGUUGGCAAAGUAUCUUCUGUUACACGGUAUUGAGGAGAGGAGGAUUACUAUUAUAGCAGGGUACCAAGGACAGGUAACAGCCAUUAAAGAGAUCCUGAAGAAGAGGGUGGAGAAGGGUAAGGACCCUUCAAAGCUGUUACAACUGCAGAUACGGACUAUAGACAGUUAUCAGGGUAGUGAGAAUGAUGUGGUGCUGCUGACCCUGACUAGGAAUAAUCCGCGCAAUGCUGUCGGAUUCAUGGAUCUAGCCGGGAGAAGGUGUGUUGCCUUAUCACGGGCACGUCUCGCCCUCUAUAUCGUGGGAAGUAGAACCUCCUUCAAAGCAACAGAGUGGAACACAGUUAUAGACAAUCUGGAGAGUAAGGGGAUGAUGGAAGAUACUCUACCACUUGUGAACGAGAAAGGAGAGGAGAGAGCUGUCAAGUCUGCCAAAGAGCUUUAUGAGAUAUGUGAUCUUGAAUCAGCGCAGGGACUCGGAAAUUGGGAUGUGUUUUGUGAAAGCACAGCUUAGAAAAAUGUACAGCUUUACAGCUUUUUAAGGGUCUUUUGAUUGAUGAAUGAUUUUAGCUCGAUCGGCCUUGAAUAUAUUUUGGACAAUGGACAUUGGAAAAACACCGAUCUAUGAUGCUU